CACGAAGGAACUUGGUACUGGUCGUCGCUGUUGCUUCGACGCCGGUCGACGCGUUUCUGAUGGCGACGCUGACUUUCAACCGGAAUUCGAUCACAGGAGAACAGGAAAUCGCGAUCGGUCUCCGUAACUGCCUAUAGUUUAGAAUCACGUGCUUCUGAUAAAAAAAAAACAGAGUCGUUCCGUGCUAACUGUACGAUUGAUGUGAAAAUUCUAUUGUGCGGAAAUCGUUUGCUUGAAGGUGCGCGCAGCUGUUCUCGAAGGAUACUGGAGCUAACGAGAGAGUAGUUUCCGUUAUUAGAGUUCCACGACGAAACGGGACGAGAGGCAUAAUCAGGCUGCGAUAUCGAAGAUAGUUGCGUUGCAGGCUUGUUACGAGGACGAGGUUAUUUACCGGGUAUCUUCGAGUGUCCUCUUCCUAUCAUAAAACGCUGCCAACGGAAACGGAUGGAGCCAUACGCGGCGACGCUUUCCCACCACCCAUAAAAAGUGAAUCAUCCUAGCCGGUGGUAGAAUAAUAACCGCAAAGAUGGUGUACAGAGGCAGUUUGCAGACGGACGAUCCCAGGGAUGCACCGAAGCUGGUGAGGAUAUCGCCGCUGAGAAGCAGCAGACCGAACCAUCCAAUGCCUAGUUCGCGAGGAGCGUCGUCCAUCAACAGCCCGGUGUACCACGGCCCGUUCGUGCCAGCGAUCGACGUCCAUCGAGCGAAAUUGAUCAACGAAAGACGUUUAGCUCGCGAGAGGGACAUUGAGUCCAUGGAGAAGGUGAUCAUGAGAACGACCGGUCUGAAGGUCGGUGCACCGAAGUUGCGGAACAUCAGUCAGAUCCGAGACACGGUGUUUGUGGACCCCGCUCUGAUACCGAUGGAGAAGAUCGGUCGUGUGGAGAAAGGUCGACCCAGAACCAUCGCUGUGGACAGUUCCAGUAGACCAGCUAGGACACCCAGCUCCAUGUUGGCGGAUUUGAAGGACCUGGAGAGGCUCAGAAACACUCCACCCGCUCAGAGGUGUCCUAGGACCGCAACUAAGGUUGAGGCUAGGUCUUCAACGUCUAACAAGAAGACGGAGCUGUCCAACUCGGCGAAGAUUCGCUCGGACAUCAUGAAGAUCCAACAGAUGUUUCAAACACCGGACAGUUCUCCUAAAACCACGGCACGACGACCUAACGAGAGGAAGCUCGAGAAGAAAACCGAGCCCGAGAAAAAGGGAACGGAUAUGAACAAAACGAGAUUACUAGCCCAGAAGCUGCUGGAGGCGUCCCGGAGAGACCGGGAGUCCCUCAAGGAUCGCUAUAACAACCCGAGAAACAUCCCCUCGAACAAACAAGCUUCCAAGGACGCGAACAGCAGGGUGUCCAGUAAAACAUCCUCGAGGAAGAACAGCGUCGACUCGAAACCCGAGAAAGCGAAGAAUCUCGCUGUUAUGGAGGAACAUCCGCAACCUCCUGCGCGGAAGCGGAAGGAGUCGAAGAACAGGAAGAACAGUGACGCUGUUCUCAGUGACUCUGAAAAGGAGGAGCGCGUUAGAGACUCGAGGAUAGUUGAAAAGAGCAGCGAAUCAUUGUCUAGUGGCAACGAUUCUGGUAGCAAGGAGUUGAAGAUGAGGACCAAGGAGUUGGAUAGGCCAGAUAUUUUGGAUGGACUUUUGAAGGAGUCCGAUCAACAGUUGGCGGAUCUGAAGUCUGAUUUGAACGAGAGGGGAAGAUCGAGGAGCCAUUGGAGAGGGUUUGUUCAGUCCAUGAGGCUGCAUGAUGUUGAACUUCAUUCGGACAGCGAGGAUCAGAAGAAAGACCUGAAUUUAUGGAACAAGAGCAUCAGUCAACGAUGGAGGAAACUGAGGAGAAGGUGUUCCGUGCAGGAGUCGUCGGAGCCGCAGGAAGCUCUGAUACAAGGUGGUACGACCCAGGGGGUCAUUCAGGCCGUUAGGUCCAGUCCGGCUAGCAGAGAAUCAUCCCCGGCUGCCAAGAGUCUUCAGGAUGGAAACUCGCCGAAGAAAUUGUUGCAGACUAGCUCUCUGAGACUGCCAGGUACCACCAAGGGUAUCGCCGACAUUCAACACGUUCUACGAAGCAAAUUCAGCAAGAUCAACGCCGGGAUCCGGAAGAGGAAGGCUCUGAGCGUGACCGAGGUGUUCUCGCAGAAGGACAACGCGUCAAACUUCUACGUCCCCAGUCCCCUAACCUCGUCCACCAGCCAAAACUUCAACGGCGAGUACGACUCCAGCGAGCCAACCUCCUUACCACCGUAUCCCUUCCACGACAACCUCGAGACCCUGGCGGAGGGUAGCGUGCCCAACUCGCCGAACUGCAGCAGUCCAUUAACCAGCAGCAACAAGACCUUCACGUAUUCUCAGAACAGCAGCGCCUACGAUUCCCCAGUGCUGAGUCACGAUCAGAGCCAAAACGACGCUUACGAGAACGUGUUGUUCACUGGGUCGUCACCGGGUUGUUGUCCAAGGUCCAGAGGUGUGCUGCAACGCAGUAAUUCGGAGAACCGUGACGCCUGCAGACACCAUCAAGAUCACUCGUACGAGAACAUGCGGUUCCAGAGGGGUCACAGGUCGGAGUUGACGUCAUCGGUCACUCCCAAUCCCGACAGACACCUGGCGAGGAGCAACUCCGAGACGAGGGACCACCAUUCGUACGAAAAUGUCCACUACCAGAAGAACGUGAAGAGCAGGAACCAGUCAGAGCCGUCGUUCGAGGAGAUCCACAUACCUAGGGUGACGCCCAGAAAGAGAUUGACCGACUUCAAGGUGGGCGGGCAGGUGAACAAUUAUUCGAACGGGUCCGCGUGCAUGAACAAGGAAGACGGCCCGUCAAGUUUGGGCACCGAGAAGAGCCCCGGUAAAAAGACGACCAGAAGACUGAACAGCAGAAGCGUCGCUAACAUUCCUAGUUCCUCCGGUUCUUGCUUGAAGACCUGGCAAGGUGCGCAAGACACGGACGAAGGCCUGAAUACCGACUCAGAACUCGAAGACAUCGACGAAGCUGGCGAGGGUGAAGAGUCGAAAUUCUGCACCCUACCGAGGCCAGGCAAGGGUGGCGCGUCAUUCACGAUACUGACGGCAAGAUUUCUUAAGGGUCCGGGACAUAAAGGACUCGGCUUCAGUAUCGUCGGAGGGACAGACAGUCCUAGGGGCAAUAUGGGCAUCUAUGUGAAGACGGUCUUCCCCAAUGGACAAGCUGCGGACCUUGGAACUGUCAAAGAAGGGGACGAAAUUUUAUCGAUAAAUUCGAAACCUCUUCACGGCAUGACGCACGCCGAGGCGAUCGCCGAGUUCAAGUCCGUGAAAGCCGGUGACGUGGUGCUGCACGUCGGACGCCGAGUGAACAAGAAGAAAAGGGACUCGUUGACGCUGCCUCCCGUCAGUCCGACGACACGUCAGCAAGUGAAGUGAACCCGUCGAUGAUCUCUUCGUAUUUUACAUUCCGCGCGAACACGUUGCGUUUCCGCUCAGCAGCAAGCCGCUUGAAACGCGCGAGCGAACACCGAAGUCUCGAGUCUUUUUGAAGGACAAUAGCAUGUGCCACGCAGAUGCUUCCUCUGCGCAAUAUGUCGUUUAUUAUUGCUGGCAAUAAUAAGAGCGAGACCAAGUUUUACUCGUGCAGCGUUACGAGCUCUAUUCCGUUGCUUGUUUUUUCGCGAUGCUUCCAGUUUUUUGAUCUUCACGCCUAAUGUUUGUAGCGGAGGCAGGUUAAUGCGUUCAAAAAAAAGAGAUUCAUAAGUUGUGUGCGUUUAGCAGCUUCUUGAUAUGUGGAUCAUUAUUUUGGUGCGAUGGUGGAUCUCAUUGCAGUGCCAAGGUUUGUGAGGAAUUCGAGACUUUAUUGUUGACGUAACUUAGGCAAAGUUCUGCAAAUUAAAUUCCUCAAUUUUUAAAUCUUUAAAUUUCUAGUUCUUACAUAUCUUCAAUUUUAGCUAACUUAGCUAACUCUCAAAGUCCGCCAUUUUUCAAAACUUUUUAUUCUAGUAUCUCAAAGAUACUUGUUUUCAGUGUUGGGCACCUAGACUACCUAGUUCCUUUGAAAAGCCCUAGUUACGUCAACCCCACAUUUCUACUUCCACAAAAAUAUUUUGUUCCGAGGCGUAUUUUUCUUUGAUAACUUCGAUCGACAUAACCUAAUUACGAACGAAAUCAAAACGAUGUAUUCCUACUAUAAUAUUCGUAUGCUAAUCGUUGAUGUACCAAUUGUAUCUAUCGAUAACUUCUAAUCGUUCUUUCAAUAAUCUCUACGAUAAAGUUUGUAAGACCUUCUUCUAAUUUUCCUAAACAGAGAUUGUAUUUUUUCCAAAUUUAUCAGCGUUUUUAAGAUCUCGAUGUUGUAAUAUUAAGAAUAGGGGAAGAAUACUAGCCGACGAUUUAUUUUUGUGAAACGAAGUGCGAAGCAUCGAAAGAUAAUCGACGUUUUUUCCGAAGCUGCAAUUUGAAUGGCCUGAAGGUACGCGCUGUAACAAUAAUCGCGGACAAGGAUCGUAUUAUUUUUUAACUAUAUACACAUAGAGUAACGAUGAUCGCCCAAAGAUGAAGCCCAAAAAUAUUUUUACUAUCGAAUGAGAGACGUGCAAACGGUGAAACGCAUAUCUAUAAAUAUAUGUAUAGAACUUAUACACACACAAUAUAUUUUGACGGAUCGAACGAGACGCGUUUACUUUAAAGCGAGAAAUGUUAUUAGUAUCUAGUCCAUCUGUAAUAUUUUGUUUCGUGGAAAAACUUUUCAUUAUUGUUCAUCUUAUUUUGUAGUUAUCGGGAAGAUAAACGAGAAGAAGAAAAAUAUAUAUAUUAUAUAUACGGUGAUAUACAUACGAUCAUAUAUUUCUUAUAUCGAUUUUUUCGACGCGUAACGAAGCCAACGUGUAAACAAGCGAUAACUAAUUCAUUAAUUAGAUUGUUAAGGUCUCGAUGUUUUCCGACAGCGGAGAAAAUAAUUCUAACGAGUUUUAUUUGAGAACGAACACGUUGGCAGCAAACUUUCUUCGUCUUCCAGGGAUCAAAGCGAUGUUAACCCUUAUGUUAAUAAUAAAAUCGUUCACGGUUAUUUUUUAUAACUCGGGUAUCCGGUACUUAGGUGUUCUAUUUAAUGAGAACCCUUAGCUCCCUUUCUUGAUUGUUGAACAUUCAAAGUUUAAAUUCUUAAAUAUUUGUCUUUUCGAAUUUCUGAAUUGUCGAGUUCCUAAAUCUCCAAGUUCCAAGUAUUUAGAUUCAUCUUCAAAUUCUCCUGUUCCUAAAUUUCUAAAACCCUGAAUUUUCAAGUGUCCAGAAUUCUAAAGCUUGAAAUUGAAUACUGCCAAACUUUUCAAGACGAAAAUUCCCAAAAUUCGAAACUGAUUAACCAAAAUAAACGGUGGGUCGCCAUUUUCUCUAGGGAACCUAAAUUUAUACCUGACAAAUUAAUAAAUAAAAAAAUGACGAAAAAGUCCAAAAAUAUAAAUUUAGUAUAAGAAUAUUCGAAUGUCGUAUAAAUGGAUACUUAUUUGUUAACACAAGGGUUAAUGAUGUUAGAAUUAGUCUCUCCUAGCGAGAAUUCGCGCAAAGGACAGGAUGAAAGGAUCGAACUAUUCCCUUUUCGUUUUAUUAACUUUGUCCUGAUUACAAAAAUACGAUUACAAAAUUUACCCUGAUGAUAAAGCAACAGCGAUAAACUCGGCUGAUUUUCUAUCCGAUCAGAAGCGCGGUAUCGAUCGCUCGAUUUCAUUCUGUCCGAUCAUUCUUUCACACGAUCUACAACGUGCGUACAUUAUAUACGUGUCUGUACACGCGAAUAGGUAUUACGGUUAUUUUUUUAUUAAACAAAAAAAAAGAACAACAACAAUCUUUGUCGAUCGACGACGUGUAUACAUGUUUUACCGUAAGUGCAACUCGAUGUUGUCGCAUGCAUACGAACUACUCAAAGAAACGUUGCUGUAUCUUCUAUUUACUAUGCGGGGUCGAAAAUAAUAAAUAUUUCGCAUAAUGGA